CGUCAUGUUCUCAGAAAGGGCGUCAACGGUAAGCAGAGAAGACUAUAGAAAGUGAAACUUCAUACACAACAUUAACGUUAUAGUUUUAAGCUGUAGCACUCGAUCGACAUGGGGAAAAUUUACCAAAUUCUAGUUCUUGGUAUUAAAGGAGAGAGGAAGACUAUAGACGUUGCAAGCAACGAAACCGAUUUCAACAAUACUACAAUACUGGCCUUUAAACAGAAACUCACAGAGAAAUUUCCGGAGCUUAAAGGGCAGGCAUUCAGAGUAAUGUACACUGAUGUGCAACUGGAAAACGACACUGACACUUUCUCCAAGUACCAGAUCCAGGACCGCUCUACAAUUGUCCUUAUUUUGCGUUUGCCUGGAGGUUCUGAACUAAUGGGAUGAGCAGGGAGUCACUGGGACAUCUUAAAGGACUUUUAUUCAUGAUUUCCUUGACCUUUUGUUUAUUAAACUGGAAGUAUGCUGAAUAAAUGUACUGUACAGUGUGUGCAUGACAAACACACACUUGCCAUCUUGUUUUUAACUAAAUAAUGAAUAAUAGAAACUAAAUAAGCAUGACUAAAUAAUGUUAACUAAAAUAUGUCAAAUGUGUUUAUAGUCAGCUAUAGCUAGUCGAUUUCUUAUCCAGGGAUGUAUUUAAAUAUUUGAAUUAAUUUGAAUACUCUAUAAAAUGGGGAAAACCAGUGGGAAAAUAAGCAGAUCUAGCAUUCUGUCUAUAAAAUAUUUUAAUCUGCUUGGUUUGUGGUUAUGUGUGCCUCUCUGACAAGGACAGAUGCAAAUACUCUUAUUGUUUUCCAUUCAUGCCCAUCACUAGUUAUUUUAUCUCUUAUCUAAUAGAAACCACUUACUGUUAGUUUAGGGAAACAAUGUACAAUUUUCUGUGUAAACUUAUUGGCAUUCAUUUGACACCAGUGAGGGCAUGUCAUCAACUGACAUCUGCAUCGGACUGUAACAAUGAAGAGAAGUAUUACUACUUUAAAAUAAAUUUGAUAUAUAUUUUUUUUAUGUUACUGUUGCUGUAUCGGGGCCUAGAAAAUUGUAACUCAAGCUUUAGAGUGUGUAUUUUUCAGAGUAGUGGGCUUUUGUUUUCGGGAUAAUUUGCUUACCAUGUAGCCAGCCAUGCAGCUGGCACUGACAGAGUUAUAAAAAGAAUCCACCAGUUGGUUUAUAAUUUGCCAACAAUAAAAACAGUGCAAAUUGAUCAGCUAA